AUGAUGAUUUUAUCAACUCAAAUUCAUCCUGGCGUGAUCAUACUUUCCAUCAUACUUUCCAUCAUCCUCAUGAUGAUGUCUGUACAUGCCUCUGAAAUUUCAACCUCUUCUUCACCCAUCAUGAUGGAUUCCAUUCAAAUGGCCACACCCCUUCCAACAACGACCAUAAAUUCCUUCUUGUCAUCACAAUCAUCCUUUUCAUCUCAACAACAACUCUUAGAUUCCAUUCCAUCCUCUCUCUAUACUCUUUACAUUUACAAUGCAUCAUCAUCUUCAAUAACAUCUUUUUAUUCUCUUCAAGUCAAUCCCAUCUCGAUUGGUGAUGCCAAAAACAUUGCUUGUCUCUCAUGCACAUCACAAGCAAAUAUUGUCUAUCUUGUCAUUAAUUCAAUGGGAGUAUCCUUUCAAUAUGAAGCAAAAUCAUCCAAUAAUUGUCCACUUGAAAUAUUGAGAAAUUUCAAUCCAAACAAUUACACCGAUUCCGAUGGAUUUCAUUUACCAAAGAUUCCCUAUUCACCACAAUACACAGUGAGUAAUUUGAUGAAUGUGACCACCACCACUUCAAGUUCUUCUUCUCAACCACAAUACACCACUCUUUAUGGUUAUUUAUAUCGACACAAUUCAUUGGUACAUGAUGGUGCAGUUUGUAUGAUCAUUGAAAGUGAUAACAGUAGUAGUAGUAGUAGUAGUAGUAGUAAUGGUGGUGGUGGUGAUGUGACAUCACAAGUCAAGACUAUUUAUUUGAAUAUGGCAAAGAAUGGACCAUGUCCAAAGGUGUCAUCAAGUGGUGCCAAUGUCAACUCUUGUAAAUUAUCAUCGGAUACCAAAUAUGUGGUGGAACAAACACUAGUGAUUCGAAAAAAGUGA